CAUACAUCCUUGCAAGCCAAAGCGACAUCGAGCAUGAGCGGUAGAGGCUUUUCAAGAGGUGGCGGAUCAGGCUUUGGGGGAAGAGGGGGAGGAAGAGGUGGUUUUGGAGGUGGUCGAGGUGGUGGACGAGGUGGAUUCCAACAGAGGGAUUUUGGACCUCCUGAUGUCGUGCAGGAGAUCGGGUCCUUCAUGCACCCUGUGGAAUCUGAAAUGCUCUGCUCCCUCACUGCUCCUACGAAAAUUCCAUACUUUAACGCCCCGAUAUAUCUGUCGAACAAGACUCAGAUUGGGAAAGUUGACGAGAUCCUGGGACCCAUAAACGAGGUCUUCUUUACCGUCAAGAUGGACCAAGGGAUGAUGGCGAACAGUUUCAAAAAGGACGACAAGGUGUACAUUGGAGGAGAUAAGCUAUUACCGAUAGAGAGGUUCUUGCCCAAACCAAAGAUAGCAGGCGCAAAGGUCGAAAAACGAGGAGGAGCACGAGGUGGUGGUCGUGGUGGACCAAGGGGUCGAGGUGGACCUCCUGGAAGAGGUGGUGGACGUGGAGCGCCGAGAGGACGCGGUGGAUUCGGAGGAGACCGAGGAGGUGGCAGGGGAGGUGCAAGGUCAUUCAGCUCCGGUGGACGUGGUGCACCGAGAGGAAGAGGAGGAUUUGGUGGUGGUGGCGGCGGAGGCUUUGGGGGUCGUGGUCGGGGAGGUUAUUGAGAGGUGCAGCGUAUGUAUAUCUAGGCUUCGG